GGUAGAUGACCGGCCUUUCGGGUUGAGGAGCGACUCGCGCGUCUCUCGCAACUCUGAUAUCGCCCUCAACUAGCUCGUAGGCGUGGCGAAUGGGAGGCAAAGUUCUCAGCGUUGCCUGCAGUGCUCUAUCAGUGAUGGUGAGAUUGUUCAGCCUGCGUGCGACGGCUUACCACGUUGAACUGCUAUUUAGACAGGCUGCUUCAAAGCAUGGUUUACCUCACAAGAUAUUCGAUGACGAGGAGACUGGCUAUACACCCAAGCGGUCAGUCACAUACUUACGCCGCUGCACAGGGCCUGUGGCCGGGACACCCCAUCGCCUGGCGCGAAUCGACGCACAACACUACAUAGCCUUCAGUUCUGGGCUACAGUUCUCGCGAUGAAGUUAGGAGGCCUUGGGUCGGGAACGGUCCUCAAGCCUCGAAAGACUUCCUAGCUGGCCUUGCUUGUCGCUGUCGUG